AUGAAUCUUUCUGAAAACAGCAUCCUGGCUGCCAUAGAUGUAGAAGCUCUCUACAUCACUAUUCCACAUGAAGAUGAACUACAAGCUGUCAGGACCGUAUCCCCAGAUGAUGCCACAUCAAUUGAAGAAAAUGAAGUGUAUUUGCCUAAUGAUGAGCUUUGGCUCUAUGAAAUUGACAGUGGGUUAUGGACAAUGCACCAAAUGGAAGGAGAGCUACCUACCUCUAUGUCAGGAAGUUGUGGAGCUUGCAUUAAUGGAAAACUGUAUAUAUUUGGCGGAUUUGAUGAUAAAGGAUACAGUAAUCGGCUUUAUUAUGUUAAUUUGAGAACAAGAAAUGGAACCUAUAGGUGGAAAAAAAUUACAGACUUUAAAGGUCAACCUCCUACACCACGUGACAAGCUUUCCUGCUGGGUGUAUAAGGACAGAUUAAUAUAUUUUGGUGGUUAUGGAUGUAGGAAAUACAAUGAACUGAGUGAGUGUUUUGAUGUUCAUGAUGCAUUUUGGGAAGGGCAGAUAUUUUGGGGAUGGCAUAACGAUGUUCAUGCUUUUGAUACAAACACACAAACUUGGUUUCAACCAACAAUUAGGGGUGGAGUUCCACCUCAGCCUCGAGCAGCGCAUACAUGUGCUGUGCUGGGAAAUAAAGGUUAUAUAUUUGGAGGACGAGUGCUGCAAACUAGAAUGAAUGAUUUGCACUGUCUGAAUUUAGACACUUGGGUUUGGUCUGGAAGAAUUCAUAGUAGUGGAGAGAAACCAAAAGAUCGAUCGUGGCACACUUUGACUCCUAUAGCAGAUGAUAAACUUUUCCUGUUUGGUGGACUAAGUUCAGAUAAUGUUCCUCUAAGUGAUGGUUGGAUUCACAGUGUCACAACAAAUGGAUGGAAACAACUUACCCACUUACCUAAGAGUAGACCUAGGUUGUGGCACACAGCCUGUCUUGGCACAGAAGGAGAAGUGAUGAUCUUUGGUGGGAGCAAAGAUGACUUGCAUUUCUUGGACACAGGUCACUGCAGUGAUUUAUUGAUUUUUCAAACUCAACCUUACUCACUUCUCAGAUUGUGCCUUGACUGCAUUGGUAAAAAUGCCAGCCUUUUAGAUAAUCAAAUAUACUGCUUACCACCCAAAAUUUUGCCACAAGUGUUGAAAAAAAUAACCUUUUGGGCUGCAGCUAACCAUCGUCAAGAGAAAAAAGCUGAAACCGAAGGACAAGAGCAAAUAAAUAUCACCUGAACAAGGACAAAAAAUACUGACUGCUAUAUGUAUUUAUAGUGUACAGCAAACAUUUUUGUUAGUGACUGUUUACUAGCAGUAUACAUAAGAUAUUUCUUAGGCUGAGUUUCUACAAGAAAAUCCUUUUUAUUUUCUAAUGUAUAGAAAAAAGUUAAAACUACAUAUUCUGCAUAUUUUAAUAACACCACUUGAGGUUGCAGAAAUUAACUUCUGCUCUUAGGGUCUUGGUGAGCGGUUUCAUAGUGAUCUUUUGGAAAGUAACAGAAGACACAGACCUUUUUCAGAUGCAUAAAAAUGUAUCUUUCGAAUUUAAAAUCUUAUUUUCAGUUUUGUCACAUCGGUACUUGCUGAUGAAGACAAAAUUAGUUUGACACAGUAUCCCUGUAAAUCUAACUCUUGUUAAUAUGAUUGAUUAUAUAUGCAAAUCCUAUUUGAUUUAUUUCAUUUAACAACAGUAUAUGAAAGCUUGAUUGAUACUGGGAGGUAACCAUCCUACACAUAGGCAAAAAUGUCAACAAGCUGGCUAACUGUUGAACUUUAAAAGUUUUUUAAAAAGUUAAAUAAUUUUGUAUGUGAAAAUUCAAAUGCAGUUCAUAAUAACAUUGUUUUAUUGUAAUUCUCUAAUCAAUGAAAAGUUUUCAAAAUAGAUUUUAUAUUUUUUUAUUUUGAAUAUCUAAAGUUUAUAUUUAAUUUUGGUUUAAAUAUUUUGUUUAUUUAUUGUAAAAAGCUUAUAUGAAAUUACUAUUUUCCUAUCUGUUUCAGGUAUUUAGUUAAUUGGGAUCCAGUCAUUAAAAUUUUAUGUAAAUAGUAUAUUUGCAUGUAGAUCUAUUCUUGAUUAGUUUUUACCAUUUUUACAAUCUGACUACAAAAUCGUGUGUAAUUAGGAAAGGAGAUUUUGUAGUCAGUAUAUAGCUUAGAAGAAAAUGUAUUAUGACUGAGUAUCACAAUUGAGCCAUAUUUUCCCAUUUUCUUCAACCAAGGAGACAUUUGAUAUUAGCAAGAAGGAGCAAAUAGGAAUCUGAAUUGUUCAGGAAUGUGGUCUUUCUGUUAAAAGGGAUCCUCAACACAAGAAAAUGGUUCAAAUGAUAAAACUGGCCCCAAUGACUGUAGAACUUCCUUAGGUAAAUCAUCUACUCCUUCCAUUUCAUGACUUAUAGCUUGAUUUGCAGCUCUUAUUUUGCAGAACAAGGGGCAAUUUCAAACACAUCCUAUCACAAUGCAUAUAUUAAUUACUAAGAACUUAGGAUCCUCAUCCUGCAAAGAUUCCUAUGCAUGCUUGACUCCAAGCUCAUGAGUAGUCCCACUGAGUUUAGUGGGUCUACUCACAUGCUUAAGGUUAUGCACAGGAUCAGGGCUUAUAAGAGCUCUUCAAACCAUCAUUUGAACUGGUAUGAUCAAAUCUGAAGACAUCAUCUAUGUCCUCCAGCUCUUAUGACUGAAGUUCAGAAGUUUUGAAAGUACUUUUAAAAUUGGUUCUUUCACAUACGGAAUUAUAGGUUUCUCAGAUAGAAGUUAAAGUUUAAGAUAGAUAAUAUCAUUUUGGAAUUCAUUGUAACUCAUUAAAAGGCAGCUUUUGCAAUGAGUAUAUUAAUGAUAGUAGGGGCAAUUUCCCCUCAGAUCCACAUGGGUACUCAAAUCUGUUGUUCUGCUUCCCCAUAUGUGCUGAAUUCACAAUGACAUCACUGAGAGAUCUAAAUACUGAAGGGCUAUUCCUAUUGUACAUAUAUGAAAAGAGAAUUUUGUCCAUUGAUUUACAGAGGAAAUAGGAUCAAACUGUUUUGUGGCAAUAUAUAAUCCUUAAUCUGUUUGCUUUAGUUUGCCACUGCACAAAUGCUGAUGUCAACAUUUAAAGUCAGUGGAAUGUUAAAUGUACAUUGGACAGUCAUUGUAACUCCUUAAAAGGCAGCAAGUGCACAUUAUAGGAACUAUGAGAAGUCAAGAUAGUUAAUUUCAGAUUGUAUACAGCAGUUGAAAAUUGGUGUUAAUUAUUUUAAUACUAGCAAUUUUGUUCUUACACUUGGGGAAAUGUUCUUAAAUAAAGAAGUUAGUAUAAAAAAGAGGUAAGAUAUGAAUAAUUUUUUAUGGAGACUCUGUUCGGACUCAUUUAUAAACAUUAUCAAGAGUGUCCUUAGCACCAUGUUAUGUUUUCAUUAAUGUUUCAGAAUAUCUGCCGUAAUUUCUUUGUUUACUGUUAUAAACUAAAAUAAAAAGUGAGUUUCUGACAGACUACAUUAUAAGUGAGUUAUGAUCACAGACUGCAGAAUAUUUUGUAAUUCUGUCAUAAGUAACAUGCUUCCAUUAAAAUAUGUGAGUAUGCCACACUUUAAA